GUACGUCCCUUCUCAGGCUGAUAUAGCAGUCUUUGAAGCAAUCGCUGCCCCACCUCCUGCAGACUUGUUUCAUGCUCUUCGGUGGUACAAUCAUAUUAAGUCGUACGAAAAGCAAAAGGCAAGCUUGCCAGGAGUAAAGAAGGCUUUGGGGAAAUAUGGUCCUGCUGAUGUUGAGGACACAACAGGUGCAGCCACAGAUAGCAAAGAUGAUGAUGACAUUGAUCUUUUUGGAUCUGAUGAUGAGGAGGAAAGUGAAGAAGCAAAGAAACUGAGGGAAGAACGUCUGGCCCAAUAUGAAUCUAAGAAGUCCAAAAAACCAGCUGUUGUUGCCAAAUCAUCAAUCUUGCUUGAUGUGAAGCCUUGGGAUGAUGAGACAGACAUGGCCAAACUAGAGGAGUGUGUUCGAAGCAUUCAGGCAGAUGGCUUGGUGUGGGGAUCUUCCAAGCUAGUACCGGUAGGCUAUGGUAUCAAAAAGCUUCAGAUCCAGUGCGUUGUUGAAGAUGAUAAAGUUGGAACAGAUAUGCUGGAAGAGAGAAUAACAGCUUUUGAAGACUAUGUACAAUCAAUGGAUGUAGCUGCUUUCAAUAAGAUUUAAAGUCUUGAUAUAUCUAUAAUAAAUGUAAUUGCAAAAA